CUUGUCGGUGAGGUAGAGGUCAUAUAGAAGAGAUAUUUAACAUAUACCUGGUGUAUCCAAACUUGUUAGGUUUCAACGUGAGACGUAUUCCAGGCUCUCUGAUCUCAGGUUGCCUCGAUACAGUUGUAGGUGUUGCCUAAACGUCAUUAGGAAACGGCAAUGCAUUGGUGCAUAGUGAGGAUUUGUGUGCUAAUAAUAUGAUUGUGUUGAUAAUAAUUCCAUUGGAUUCUUGUCUCAAAUACACCUACUUGAGAUUCAAAGCUAGAAAUUUACAUUACAUCUUUCUCAAAUUCAAUCUUCAAUAUGGUUUCGGAAAAUGUUCAGAGUAGUCCCGAAACUCAAGAAGGUAGUAGGAAAAUUGCUAAUCUGUUGGCUGCAAAAAUGAGAGAGACCCUUAAUACAAUUCUAUUGAAGAGUUCUUCAACAGACACCAAGUUGGUCCAAGAAAACGUUAUAUAUGAAGAAGGUAACCAGGAGGGCUCAGCAACAGAGAAGUGUAACAUCCAAAGUACUAUCUACUGAAUAUACUCACACAAGUCCUAAAAGAAAAGCUUCUGUAUUAGGAAAACGUUUAGUAAAUAUUGAACAUUCUUCAGAACAUCCAAGACCAGGCUCAUCUAAAGACUUGAAUUCAGCUCCCCCAAAACAUUUAAGAUGUGAAAGCUGGGCUAAAAGCUAUAGCCCAAAAGCAGGAUUAUCUGAAGACAUCAACUUAACUACUCCUUCUAGAAAUUCAGCAACUGCUAAAGGUACUACCACGUACAGAAAACACAUGGACAUCGCAUAUCUCCUGAACUAUUGAC